GUGUGGCGUCAGUCUUUUUCAUCAAAACUGAAAUGCCAUUUUAAAAAGCAGGCUCCAUCCUCUCUUUAGAAGAUGGGGAAUUCUUAUGCUGGACAGCUGAAGACGACCCGGUUUGAAGAGGUCUUGCACAACUCCAUUGAGGCCUCCCUGCGCUCCAACAACCUGGUACCCAGGCCCAUCUUCUCCCAGCUGUACCUGGAAGCUGAGCAGCACCUUGCCUCUCUGGAAGGUGGUGGCCGAGCAGACAAUGAGGACGAGGAGGAAGGAGGAGAAGGAGGGCUGGAGCCGAACAGUCUCCCGAAUCCUUGCCAGCUGCACCCUCCCCCCGAGGGCUGCUGCACCACAGACGGGUUCUGCCAGGCUGGGAAGGAUCUGCGCCUCAUCUCCAUUUCCAAUGAGCCCAUCGAUGUCCCCACCGGCUUUCUCCUCGUGGGGGCCAAGGCCCCGAGCCUGCCAGACCAUCUCCUGGUGUGUGCUGUUGACAAGAGGUUCUUGCCAGAUGACAAUGGUCACAACGCUCUGCUUGGUUUCUCUGGGAAUUGUGUCGGCUGUGGGAAGAAAGGCUUCUGUUACUUCACAGAAUUCUCCAAUCAUAUAAACUUGAAACUGACCACCCAGCCCAAGAAGCAGAAACACUUGAAGUAUUACCUGGUCCGUAAUGCACAAGGGGCUCUCACCAAAGGACCCUUGAUUUGUUGGAAAGGCUCAGAGUUCAGAAGCCGGCAGACCCCCACCGGUGCGAGUUCCAGUCUCCUCUUCCCGCCGCUGGAGAGCUUGGGGCCGCCAGCCUCCUUCCCCAGCGAGCCCAUGCCCGGCAUGAACCCCGGCGUCCUGAUGGGAACUCACCAGGCAGGACCAGCCUCUGAUCACCCCUCGCUAAGUACAGCAAUGGGCCCAGCAGUUUUCAACGGCAAAGAUUCCCCGAAGCACCAACAGCUGGCAAAGAGCACCCUGUCAGCCCUGCCGCGGCCCUCUGCCUUAGGUAUUCUGUCAAACUCUGGGCCUCCCAAAAAACGCCACAAAGGGUGGUCUCCGGACUCUCCAUCAGCUGCAGAUGGUGGCUAUCCCCAGAGCGGUGGGAACAGAGCCAAGUAUGAAGGUACGAACAUGUCCUGUGUGCCCCAGGGGGGCUUGGUGGGACCAGCUUCAGUCACUUUUCCUGUUGUGGCUUCUGGAGAACCAGUGUCUGUUCCUGAUAACUUGCUAAAAAUAUGUAAGGCCAAGCCAGUGAUAUUUAAAGGCCACGGGAACUUCCCUUACCUCUGUGGGAACCUGAAUGACAUUGUGGUCAGCCCCCUCCUGUACACGUGCUACCAGAAUUCCCAGUCCAUCUCCAGGGCAUAUGAGCAGUACGGCGCCUCAACCAUACAGCCCAUCUCAGAGGAGAUGCAGCUCCUACUGACCGUCUACUAUCUUGUCCAGCUGGCGGCGGACCAGGUGCCCCUGAUGGAGGACCUGGAGCAGAUCUUCCUGCGCUCCUGGCGCGAGUCGCACCUGACCGAGAUCCGGCAGUACCAGCAGGCGCCGCAGCCCUUCCCGCCCGCGCCCGGCCCCGCAGCGCCCGUGACCUCGGCGCAGCUGCCCUGGCUGGCCAGCCUGGCCGCCAGCUCCUGCAACGAUAGCGUGCAUGUCAUCGAGUGCGCCUACUCCCUGGCCGAGGGCCUCUCCGAGAUGUUCCGGCUGCUCAUCGAGGGCAAGCUAGCCAAGACCAACUACGUGGUCAUCAUCUGCGCGUGCCGCAGCGCCGCCAUCGACUCGUGCAUCGCCGUCACGGGAAAGUACCAAGCCCGGAUUCUUUCUGAGAGCCUCCUCUCCCCAGCAGAGUACCAGAAGGAAGUCAGUUAUGAGCUGCUUACAGGGAAAGUGGACUCGCUGGGGGCCUUUUUUAGCACUCUCUGUCCAGAGGGUGACAUUGACAUUUUGCUGGACAAAUUUCAUCAGGAAAAUCAAGGCCAUAUUUCUUCCUCCCUCCCUGCCUCCUCUGUCACUAAAGCAGGAUCCCUGGAUGUCAGUGGAGCCCCGGUGUGCACAAGCUACCAUCUGGAGCCACAUGGCAUUCGGCCGUUCCAGUUGGCAGUGGCACAGAAGCUCCUUUCCCAUGUAUGUUCCAUUGCGGAUUCCAGCACUCAAAAUCUGGAUCUGGGAUCUUUCGAGAAGGUGGACUUUCUAAUUUGCAUUCCACCAUCAGAAGUGACCUACCAGCAGACUCUAUUCCAUGUCUGGAAUUCAGGGGUUUUACUGGAACUCGGCCUGGAAAAGGAGCACGUGACCAAGCAGAGGGUAGAACAGUACGUUCUGAAGCUGGAUGCAGAGGCACAGACAAAAUUUAAGUCCUUUCUGCAAAACUCCUUCCAGAAUCCACAUACGCUUUUCGUCCUAAUCCAUGACCAUGCCCACUGGGAUCUCGUGAGUAGUGCUGUUCAUAAUCUCUAUUCUCAAAGUGACCCAUCUGUGGGCUGGGUGGACAGAUUGCUCAACUGCAGAGAGGUGAAGGAGGCCCCCAACAUUGUGACGCUGCAUGUGACAUCCUUCCCGUACGCGCUACAGACCCAGCACACCCUCAUCAGCCCCUACAACGAGAUCCACUGGCCUGCAUCCUACAGCAGCGGAAUGGACUUAUAUCAUGAAAAUAAGAAGUACUUUGGGCUAUCAGAGUUUAUUGAAUCUACCCUUUCAGGACACAGCCUUCCCUUGCUCAGAUAUGACAGCUCCUUUGAGGCCAUGGUCACUGCAUUAGGAAAAAGGUUCCCCCGCCUGCACAGCGCGGUGAUCAGGACCUUUGUUCUCGUGCAGCACUACGCAGCCGCGCUGAUGGCUGUGAGCGGCCUCCCGCAGAUGAAGAAUUACACGUCGGUGGAGACGCUGGAGAUCACGCAGAACCUGCUCAGCUCCCCGAAGCAGUGCCCCUGCGGCCAUGGGCUCAUGGUGCUGCUGCGUGUGCCCUGUUCGCCGCUGGCGGCCGUGGCCUACGAGCGGCUGGCACACGUGCGCGCACGGCUGGCGCUAGAGGAACACUUCGAGAUCAUCUUGGGCACCCCCAGUUCCAGCAUCACUGUGGGGAAGCACUUCGUGAAGCAGCUCAAGAUGUGGCAGAAAAUUGAGGACGCAGAGUGGAGGCCUCAGACGUACUUGGAAUUGGAGGGCCUGCCUUGCAUCCUGAUCUUCAGUGGGAUGGACCCGCAUGGGGAGUCCUUGCCUAGGUCUUUGCGGUACUGUGACCUGCGUCUGAUAAACUCCUCCUGCUUGGUGAGAACAGCCCUGGAGCAGGAGCUGGGCCUGGCUGCCUACUUUGUGAGCAGUGAGGUCCCCUUGGAGAAGGGGGCUAGGAACGAGGCCUUGGAGAGUGAUGCAGAGAAGCUGAGCAGCACCGACAACGAGGAUGAGGAGCUGGGGACAGAAGGCUCCACCUCAGAGAAGAGAAGUCCUGUGAAAAGGGAGCGGUCCUCCUCCCAUGACUCUGCGUCCUCGUCCCUCUCCUCCAAGGCAUCUGGCUCAGCGCUCCUUGGCGAAGCCUCAGCCCAGCCCACAGGGCCCCACCAGGUGGAGCAGGCCAGGUCGCCCCAGCCCUGCGGCCCAUCAGAGGAGGCCAGGGCCCCUGGCGAGAAGCAGAGGCCCCGAGCGGGCCAGGGGACGCCAUCAGUCAUCAGCAGGCACAGCCCUGGGCUGGUCCCCCAGCCUGACUGUGGCCCCAGGCCCGGCCAGAAGAACGUCCAGGUGUCAGCCACCUCAUCGUCCUCCCAGCUGUCCUCCUCCUCAGGUUCAUCCUCUUUGACUGGGGCACCUGCCACGGGCACGCUCGUACUGCAGGCCUCCCAGUGCUCCCUGACCAAGGCCUGCCCACAGCCACCCAUCGUCUUCCUGCCCAAGCUCAUGUAUGACAUGGUCAUGUCCACUGAUGGCAGUGGCCUACCCAAGGCUGCCUCGCUUCUACCCUCCCAUUCAGUCAUGUGGGCCAGCUCUUUCCGGCCCCUGCUCAGCAAGACAAUGACAUCCACGGAGCAGUCGCUCUACUACCGGCAGUGGACAGUGCCGCGGCCCAGCCACAUGGACUAUGGCAACCGGGCCGAGGGCCGCGUGGACGGCUUCCACCCCCGCAGGCUGUUGCUCAGUGGCCCCCCGCAGAUUGGGAAGACAGGCGCCUACCUGCAGUUCCUUAGCAUUCUGUCCCGCAUGCUCAUCCGGCUGACAGAGGUGGACGUUUACGAUGAAGAGGAGAUCAAUAUCAACCUCGGAGAAGAACCAGACUGGCAUUAUUUGCAGCUCAGUGACUCCUGGCCAGACCUGGAGCUGUUCAAGAAGAUGCCCUUUGACUAUGUCAUUCAUGACCCCAAGUAUGAAGAUGCCAGCCUGAUUUGUUCUCACCAUCAGAGCAUAAAGUGUGAAGACAGAGGGAUGCCCCGGAAGCCUGAGGACCUGUACGUGCGGCGUCAGACAGCGAGGAUGAGACUGUCCAAGUACGCGGCGUACAACACGUACCACCACUGUGAGCAGUGCCACCAGUACAUGGGCUUCCACCCCCGCUGCCAGCUCUAUGAGUCCACCCUGCACGCCUUUGCCUUCUCUUACUCCAUGCUAGGAGAGGAGGUCCAGCUGCACUUCAUCAUCCCCAAGUCCAAGGAGCACCACUUUGUCUUCAGCCAGCCCGGAGGCCAGCUGGAGAGCAUGCGGCUGCCCCUCGUCACAGACAAGAGUCAUGAAUAUAUCAAAAGUCCGACGUUCACCCCAACAACCGGCCGUCAUGAACACGGACUCUUCAAUCUGUACCAUGCGAUGGACGGUGCCAGCCAUUUGCACGUGCUGGUUGUCAAGGAGUAUGAAAUGGCGAUUUACAAAAAAUACUGGCCCAACCACAUCAUGCUGGUGCUGCCGAGCAUCUUCAACAGCGCCGGAGUGGGCGCUGCCCACUUCCUCAUCAAGGAGCUGUCCUACCAUAAUCUGGAGCUUGAGCGCAACCGGCAGGAGGAGCUGGGAAUCAGGCCGCAGGACAUCUGGCCCUUCAUCGUGAUCUCCGAUGACUCCUGUGUGAUGUGGAAUGUGGUGGAUGUUGGCUGUGCUGGGGAGAGAAGCAGGGAAUUUUCCUGGUCAGAGCGGAACGUCUCUUUGAAGUACAUCAUGCAGCACAUCGAGGCAUCCCCCAACAUCACCCACUAUGCCCUGAUUGGUCUGCGCAAGUGGUCCAGCAAGACCAGGGGCAGCGAGGUGCGUGAGCCCUUCUCCCGCUGCCACGUACACGACUUCAUCAUCCUGAAUGUGGACCUGACCCAGAACGUGCAGUACAAUCAGAACAGGUUCACAUGUGACGAUGUGGACUUCAACCUGCGGGUGCACAGCGCCGGCCUCCUGCUCUGCAGGUUCAACCGUUUCAGCGUGAUGAAGAAGCAGAUGGCGGUGGGCGGGCACAGGUCCUUCCACAUCACCUCCAAGGUGUCCGAGAAUGCCGCCGCAGUUGUGCCGGCCCAGUACAUCUGUGCCCCUGACAGCAAGCACACGUUCCUCGCGGCUCCCGCCCAGCUCCUGCUCGAGAAAUUCCUCCAGUACCACAGCCACCGCCUCUUCCCACUCUCCCUGAAGAAUCAUGGCCACCCCGUGCUGUCCGUUGACUGUUACCUUAAUCUGGGGUCUCAGAUUUCUGUCUGCUAUAUGAGUUCCAGGCCCCACUCUCUAAACAUCAGCUGCUCGGAUCUGAUGUUCAGUGGCCUCCUGCUGUACCUCUGUGACUCCUUUGUGGGAGCUGGCUUUCUGAAAAAGUUUCAUUUUCUGAAAGGCGCCACCCUGUGUGUGAUCUGCCAGGACCGGAGCUCGCUGCGCCAGACGGUCGUCCGCCUGGAGCUCGAGGACCAGUGGCAGUUCCGACUGCGUGAUGAAUUUCAGACGGCCAAUGCCAGGGAAGACCGGCCACUCUUUUUUCUGACUGGACGACAUAUCUGAGGGGGACAGCAGCAGUUUUUCUGAAGAGUAGAGUGUGCAGCACCCUCAUCCUGAGUUGAGGCUAAAGGACAUUCUAGAACCACAGGGUAUUGGACUGGAACAGACCCCAGACCCUGCCGCGCAUCCCCUCAUGGGGCACUGAGGUCCAGAGGUCCUGGUCUCGGAAGUCAGGAGAAGGAGGAUGACUCUGAGGAGGGCAGGACCGAGCCCAGACUCCCCAGUUCUGGGCCGGACGUGGCCCUGGGCUGUCGUGAAGUCCAUUUCAUGAAGAACAAAGUUUUGCUUCCUAUCACGUCACCCACGUGCUUCCAUGGACAAACCAGACGUUUCUCUUAGUUCCAGUGACUCUUGAAUUCUCUUAGAGAGCUGCCAGUAUUUCAGGCAGUAGAUGGUAAUUCAGCUAAGUAGGUUUCCCUAUAACCUUCUACAAAGCAAUAUUCCAAAGGAACAUUUUAACUGUAAAGGCUGGAGAGGGGAAAAAUAUAAGAAGCAGAUCUUUGUAAGAAGAAUUAUUUAACUGCCUAUAAGUUUUUUCUUUUAGAAGCUAGCCCAAAGGCAUCAAAUUUAAUAAAGUAAAACAAUCUGUUUCAGAGCAAAUACGAUUCUAUUAAAAUAGUACAGGGUAAAUACCCUACCUCUUAGAAAGGGCAAAAAUGAAAAGAAGCUUUCUUUAAAACUAUGGAAGCUUAAGGAGGAAACGAGGCUUACAGAGGUUGACCUACAAUUUGCCUUACAAAGGAAAGAGGACCACGUUCCUUACUUGAAGCAAAUGACAAACACACCAAAGUGAUUUAUAAAAUAGUUGAUGAGAACUAGACUUCCGAUCAUAAUUUAUUGAAGCUUAGUUUCAGUUCCUUAAGUAGCUUGUUUUCUCUUACUAAUGGUUGGUUCCUUCGGGGAGAAUGUCACCUGAGUGGAGAGGAAGAGAAGAGAGGGACGCCUGGUACACGUCCCACGAACUCGUCCCUUUGCAGCCUGAUGAGAUAGUGUUUAGACCAGCUGGUUUAGAGGCCUCCUGGGGCCCAGGCAUAGGGCCAGGCACUUCAACAGUGAUCAUCUUUAAUCCUCUGCUUGUGUGAUCAGGAUUCUUCUUCUCACUUAAAAGACAAGAAGGUUGAGUUGCAAAGAGGGUGCCUCACCUGGUCACACAGCUAAAAGAACUAGAAACUUAGUUCAAACUCCCCGUUUCUGGCUCCACAGCCCAGGGCUCCACCCCUACCCCCAAUACCACUCUGUGAAGUGGCCCAUAGCUUGAAAGAGAAGAUAAAAGAUAGAAAAUAAUUGCCCAGAAUGUGUUCUUAUACAUCUAUCUUAGACAUAUAGAAGCACUCUAAUGGAUAACAGCCUGAGG